UCCAGACCUGUUGGGCCACAUAGAACCAGGUUGGAAAAGACCUGUAAGAUCAUCAUCCCUGGCUGCAUGCCUUCAUUUUGGGAUAACGAGCUGUGGUUGUCAGGCAGGUUGCCAGGGAGGCUGACAUCACACAUCCCUUCCCUAUAGAUUAUCAUGCACAGUAGCACCAUCAGUUCCUAAUCUGCAAAGAGACACCCAGAGGAAGCCCUGGAGGGUGUUCUGCGUCACUGACCUGGGUUGCUUAGCACCGCUGGGCCAUGGAGAGGGGGCUUGGCAGCUUUUUCCCUCUGUGUGUCCUAUUGGAGAGCCAAACAUAGCAGAGGAGCAGCGGAGGUGAUGGCAGCGGAGGCAGGGAUGCUCAAGCUGCCCUUCAUCCGUGACGACCAGCUCACCCGGUGCAUGAAGCUGCGAUUCCAGAGCCUGCAGCAAAAGAACGGGAGGCCCCAGGAUGGUGAGAAGCUGCUGCAUCCCCACGAGCACGUCUACAGAGUGGAUUUCAUCCGGCAGCACAACCUGCGCUUCCUCUGCUGGGAUAUCCGGCUGGAGAAACCUGGGAAGGUCACGGUGACCGGCACUUCCCAGCACUGGACUCCUGAUCUCACCCACCUUAUGAACAGGCAGCUGCUGGAGCCGGUGGCUAUCUUCUGGAAGAAGCCAGGGGCCGAGGAGGUGGAAUGCAAUGAGGCAGAUGCCCAGGAAUUUGGGGAACGGAUAGCGGAGUUAGCCCAGAUCCGCAAGGUGAUGUAUUUCCUCCUUGCUUUCACCGAUGGCCUCGAACCAGCUCAGCUGAAGGGCUCCAUUGUUUUUAAAGCCUGAUCCUCUCCUGCUCAGCCCUUCUUCCUCCAGCUGUGCUUUUGUCUUUGUAUUCCUUUCAGUUUGGUUUUUGGUUCAGUUUUUAUGUGGCUCUUAAUGAAGGAUGGCAUCACUAAAAAGUGGAGGACAGCUCAGCACCUCUGGAGCCCCUCAACCCUGUGAAACAUUCCCAUGCAUGCUGUCCUUUGGAUGAUGGGAAGGAAGGGGCCACAAGCUU